UGCGCCUCCAGCCAUCUUUCUCUGUUCAUCUACGAUCCAUCGGAUCUUCAUUUCUUGGCAUAUUUAAGAUCAGUUGCUGGUUGUGUUUCUGAGAGUUGACUUCAGACUUUCCUCGUCACGACUUACCUCUGACACACGACUCCUCCAGUCGGAGCUUCCAACUAGGAAGCUAUCCCCCACCUCUUUAAUCUUCCUUUACUCGAAUCUAUUAACUAGCCAUGGAUCGCCUCAACCGAAUGCUCCAGGCUGCCCAAGGCAUGGGCAUGGGUAGCGCAGCUCCUGGUGGUGAUACCCCCAACCUGAUCGAUAACUCCGAAACCGUUCACAUCUCGUCGCUAGCUUUGCUGAAGAUGUUAAGGCAUGGUCGGGCAGGUGUGCCUAUGGAAGUCAUGGGAUUGAUGCUGGGCGAGUUUGUGGAUGAGUACACAGUUCGGGUGGUUGAUGUUUUUGCUAUGCCUCAGAGUGGUACUGGUGUCAGUGUCGAGGCUGUGGACCCUGUCUUCCAAACCAAGAUGAUGGAGAUGCUUAGACAAACGGGACGACCGGAAACUGUUGUUGGCUGGUACCACUCUCAUCCUGGUUUCGGCUGCUGGCUCUCCUCCGUCGACAUCAACACCCAGCAGUCCUUCGAGCAGCUCACACCCCGUGCCGUUGCCGUCGUCGUUGACCCGAUCCAGUCAGUCAAGGGCAAGGUUGUCAUCGAUGCCUUCCGACUUAUCCAGCCCCAGACCGUCGUCAUGGGCCAGGAGCCCCGCCAAACGACAUCUAACUUGGGCCACCUGAACAAGCCAUCGAUCCAGGCGCUCAUCCACGGUCUGAACAGACAUUACUACAGUAUUGCGAUUGACUAUCGCAAGACGGGCCUGGAGGAAAACAUGCUGAUGAACCUCCACAAGCAAGUAUGGACCGAUGCACUGCAGAUGAACGAUUUCCAUGAGGAGGGUGAGCACAACGUUGAGCGGAUGAAGCAGCUCGUUAGCCUCGCCGAAGGCUACGAAAAGCGGGUCAAGGAGGAGACAGAGCUGAGCAAAGACCAACUUAAGACAAGAUAUGUUGGAAAGGUCGAUCCUAAGAAGCACAUCGAAGAUGUGAGCCAGGAACUGAUUGAAGACAACAUUGUUGCGGUCUCAAGACAAAUGAUUGACAAGGACGCUUCCGUCGCACGGUUAUCGGCUGGAAAAGGAGCCCAGAACGGUGGCGGCAUGGAUGUGGACGAGGAGCUAUAGAUGACUAGCAGGACGUACGGAGAAUGAUCUGCGACUACAUUUCUUUAUCCCAUGCCAAAAGGUCUAACCUACAGUUGUUCUAUACUCGUAGGGACAUGAUGUAUGGAGACAAAGCUAUUUACCGUAUCGGUAUCAGACUGGAUAUAAUCCACAUAGACGAAUGAUGUUUCAAUGUCUUAAAGAGGGCAGAUCUU